AACAGAGCAGUACAACUCGUGUUCCGAACUUCUUCCAGUUUACAUUGAAGGUAUAGAUACCGAGCCAGACCAGACAUUCUCGAUGCAAGUAGCAGGCAAAUCUGCUGGGUACCGCUUGACAGGGGUGAUAUACUAUGGUACAGCACACUUUACAGCUAGAUAUGUGGACAGAACAGGGACCGUGCGGUUCAAUGACGGAUACAUCAACGGUAGAACUUCUAAUAAAGAAGGCGAUAUGACAGACUUGGAUAUGAAAAUGUCUACUGAUGGGAGAAAACCUGUACUGGCUGUAUACAGGCAGACUUGAGCACAGGGUAUUACACAUCCGAUAAGUUAUGAUGGAUCAAGAAGGGUGCAGGUAAGGAAAAUAUUCUAACUAUGGACCUUGUCUCUCUUCUGAUAUCAUGUAACAUAUUACAGAUAAAUAGAGCGGACGGAGAGCAUAGGACUCGGAUCCUGCCACUCGGAUGUGAUGGCCAUCAAAUGCUAGUUAGUCGAAGAAUACGAAUACUACCGCAAUUGUGCCUCUUCAACGGUUUUGCAGGAUUGUCUCAUUGCGUGCAAGAGCCAGUGAUGGCACGUACUGGUCUGUUUGUAGGUCGCUUGUGCCGGUCAGUGCUUGAAGGAGGAGGAUGAAGAGACGUUGCCUCGGUCAUGGUGGUGAGUAAUAAAGCCAUUGUUCAUUCAAUC